UCACUCCAUUUACCUGAUAAACUCAUCAUAACCUAAUAUUUAUCUUUUUAUCUUGAUCUUUUCUACCUUGAAGAAACAAGUUUUGGGUAAAACCCUAGAUCUUCAUGUCUGGCAUGUACAACCAAGACGGCGGAGAUCCUGCCUACGGCGGGGGUUAUGGAGGCAGCGGAGGCGGAGUUGGUGGUUAUGGGGGCUAUGGAGGCGAUAGUGGUGGAGGAUAUGGUGGCGGUCGUGGUGGUGGGGGAUAUGGUGGUGGACGAGGAGGCGGACGUGGAGGUGGUGGUGGAGGAGGAGCAUACGGUGGUCAUUCGCAAAAUCGAGGAGGGGAUCGUGGUGGAAGAGGAGGAGGAGGAGGUGGCAGAGGAGGCGGAGGCCGUGGUGGAGGCGGCAGAGACGGGGACUGGAAGUGCCCUAAUCCUAGCUGUGGGAAUUUGAACUUUGCAAGACGGGUUGAGUGUAACAAAUGUGGUGCACCCUCACCUGUGGGUGCUGGUGAUCGCAGUGGCAAUGGCAGAAGUUAUAACAGGGGAGGAAACAGUGGUGAAUAUGGUGGUAAUCGAGGUGGUAGAGGUGAUGGUGGUCGAAGCGGCAAUUAUGAAGGAGGUAGAGGAAGUAAUUAUGAAGGUCGAAAUUGGGCCAAUAGAGGUGGUUCCUAUGGUGGUAAUCAGGGAAGAGAAGAUAGCGGUUAUGUUCAGGUCCCUACACCUGCUCCUGCAUCUUAUGGUGGCGCUGCAGAAAAUUAUCCGCCACCUAAUUCUUAUGGUGGGAGUACAAAUUAUGGGAUGGAGGCAGUUCCUCCACCAAGUAGUUACACUGGUGGCCCCGCAUCAUAUCCCCCAUCCUAUGGUGGUCCUGCAGGUGGUUAUGGUGGUGAUGGUUUCAGUGAUGCAAGGGGUAGUGGACGGAGUGGCCCGCCUGGUGGACAUGAUGGUGGGUAUGGUGCUGGUGGUACUCGAAAUCAGGGAGGUGGUUAUGGUAAUGGUCCUGCUGAUGCCUUGGCUAAGAUCAAACAGUGUGAUGGUGACUGUGAUAGUUCCUGUGAUAACUCAAGAAUAUACAUAUCAAAUCUGCCGCCAGAUGUGACUGUUGAAGAAUUGAGAGAACUUUUUGGAGGCAUUGGAAUGGUUGGAAGAAUCAAGCAGAAGAGAGGAUACAAAGAUCAGUGGCCAUGGAAUAUAAAGAUAUACACAGAUGAGAAAGGAAACAACAAGGGUGAUGCAGUUUUAUCCUAUGAAGAUCCAGCUGCUGCACAUGCAGCUGGUGGAUUUUUUCAAGAUCAUGAACUGAGAGGUCAUAAAAUUAGUGUUGUGAUGGCAGAGAAGACCGCCCUAAGACGUGAACAUGGGGGUGGUGGUAGAGGUGGCUAUGGCAAUGGUGGAGAGAGGCGCAACAAUUACAGAGAUGGUGGAGGUUCGGGGCCAGAUAGACAUUACCAUGGAGGAAACCGCUCUCGUCCAUACUGAGAGAAUUUGAGCUCUGAACGUUUUAUGUACUAAAAAUAGUGGUCUGAGGGAUUUUAAUAAUGUUUCAUUGGCGAGGUUGUUCUUUAACUGUGGAGACUAAGAGGUAGGUUGUUCACUUAACCUGGACAAUGCCCCUUCUCCUUAAUCAUUUAUCUGCCACUACUUGGAGGGAUUUAUAUUCUAGGUUUGGGAUUGAUUUAACUCUGUGAAUGUUUUUUAUAGAGGCAAGUGGAAUAAUCAAAUUGCUUGCUGCUAAGGUAGGUUGAUAUUUUCAGGUGAGUGCUGCUCUUUCAUAUCACUUGUUUGCAAAAUUAACCCUGCACUAUAGUGCAUUUUGUAGAGCUUGCUCACAUCUCAGCCAGAUCAUCUGUCAUUGAUACGAGUGGUCGAAAUGAUCAGUGUAAACAUGCAUGUGCUGGUUUAGUCGGUUUUACAAAUUUUGCUUUGGGAUAUUACUACAAGGCCUUCCCCAUGUUCUGGCUGAACAAAGUCAUAUGCCAUUUGUGAGACAGUUGCCAUCAAAUUAUUUUAAAUUAGUAGUAAGAAAUUCCAAACUUAAAUUGGAAUUUUUUGAUGCUGCUUAUAAAUUUGGGGAUUUUGUUGAUGGCGCUCAGUCUUGUGGUGCAGCAAUCACCUGACAGUUUGACGGAUAGGUCUAGCUUUGAAAAUAUUGCAAAUGGGGUUGAAUUCGAUGCUUUUACCGUGACGAGUUUCAUCAAAUGUGUAUUUAAGUGUUUGACAAAUGUAAUUGCUCAAGAAAAACAAUAAGCAUGGCUGCUGCUCCAUUGUUGUACGGGGAGUGGAGUUUGCAUAACGAAACAUUUGUCAUGGUCACGUAUAGCUGCUUCACUUCUGUGGUAAAGGGGGGGAAGUCGGCAAAUGGAAUGGCCGUUGUAUCCAAAAGUGGCAGUGCGCGGUGAAGCUUCUAUGAGCCUGUGAUCCACAUGUUGGAAGUAUUCCGACUUUGUCAAUUGUAUUUAUCUCCGAUGUAAUUCUGUUUCCUUUCAUAAGUGUUGUACAAGACGUUGGGCUUUCAUGGA